AUGGCUGCAUUGCGUGGGACCUCCUCAUGUGGUCCUCUUUCAUUCAGCGCAGAGGAGCUUACUCGGACCACGAGGGGAAGCCCGAAGACUGAUGGCAAGCGCUGGCAAUCUAAGACCAAAUGCUGCGCGCUCGGUCGGACGUGCGGGGCCAGACAGCUUUGUCGUGAUUCUCAGCCGUCUCUCGCUCAUUUUCUAAAGCCUGAGAGCUUGCCUAAAACGCACCGCAAACUCGAAAUGCCACCGAUUAAGAACGGCCGUGUUCUAUUCAACGAGACCCCCACAGACCACCCCGUGCCUGGACGGACGACGGUAUACGAUGGCUCUCAGACGAUCGACCCGGAUAUGGUACCCCUGAACGGCGGUUUCCUCGUGAAGACGCUUGUCGUUUCCAUCGAACCUCUCAUCCUGAGGAAGAUGAACCUAUUGUACGUUAUAGGACAACCCAUCUCGAACUUUGGCGUUGGUGUCGUCCUGCGUUCCGAAGACUCUGCCUUCAAGCCCGGCGAUCAUGUCUAUUCGGGCGACAUCCUCUUCCAGGAGUACUUUGUUGCUACCGACACCAGCCUAUUUCAAGUUCUGGAGAACAAGCAGAAUCUGCCGUGGUCCGUCUACGUCGGAGUAUGUGGUAUGCCUGGCCAGACAGCACACCAUGGGUGGAGGGAGUUCGCGCAUGCACCAAAGGGCAAAGUCGCCUUCGUUAGUUCUGGCGCAGGUCCAGUAGAAGCGACGGUCAUCCAGCUCGCCAAGCAGGACGGCCUCAAGGUGAUUGCUUCUGCCGGUUCUGAUGAGAAGGUCGAGUUCGUUAAGUCGCUCGGCGCGGACGUCGCGUUCAAUUACAAGAAGGAACAGAUUGCUGACGUGCUCCAGCGCGAGGGCCCCACUGACAUAUACUGGGACAACGUCGGCGGAGAGACCCUCGAGGCUGCGAUCAACGCCGCCGCUAUAGGGGGGCGCUUCAUCGAGUGUGGAAUGGUCUCUGGGUACAACAAGGAGACACCGUACCCCGUGAAAAACUUGAUGCUCAUCGUGGUCAAGGAGCUCCAGAUCCUUGGCUUCCUUUCGUCAUCUCUACAAACGAAGCACCUUGCGAACUUCUACCGCGAGAUCCCGCCAGCGGUCGCGCGCGGGGAGAUCAAGUAUUUUGAGGACCGCCGGCUCGGGCUGGAGAAUGUAGGGGAGACGAUUUUGGAUAUGUUGACGGGCCAGAUAAAGGGGAAGAGCGUGAUUGUAGUCUCUCAGAAAUAA